GCAGGUGACUAAUUACUGCUUGGAGUUCGCAAACACAAAUUCCUGAGCCUACUGGUGUCCCCAGCCAGCUUCCCACCAUGGACCAGGACUACGAGAGACGUCUCCUACGCCAAAUCAACAUACAGAAUGAGAACACAAUGCCUUGUGUAGCAGAGAUGAGAAGAACCCUGACACCUUCCAAUUCCCCAAUGUCUUCUCCUAGUAAGCACGGUGACAGAUUCAUUCCCUCAAGAGCUGGGGCCAACUGGAGCAUUAACUUCCACAGAAUAAAUGAAAAUGAAAAAUCACCAAGCCAAAACAGAAAAGCAAAGGAUGCUACAUCAGACAAUGGCAAAGAUGGCCUGGCCUACUCUGCCCUGCUGAAGAAUGAACUCUUGGGAGCAGGGAUCGAGAAGGUGCAGGACCCUCAGACAGAGGACAGGAGGCUGCAGCCAUCCACCCCAGAGAAGAAGUCUCUCUUCACUUACUCGCUCAGCGCAAAACGCUCCAGCCCCGAUGAUGGCAACGAGGUCUCACCCUAUUCCCUGUCUCCUGUCAGCAACAAAAGUCAGAAGCUGCUAAGAUCACCUCGGAAACCAACUCGGAAAAUCUCCAAGAUUCCUUUCAAAGUGCUGGAUGCCCCAGAGCUGCAGGAUGACUUCUACCUGAACCUGGUGGACUGGUCCUCUCUUAAUGUCCUCAGUGUUGGCCUUGGGACUUGUGUUUACCUGUGGAGUGCUUGUACAAGUCAGGUGACCCGGCUGUGUGACCUCUCUGUGGAAGGAGAUUCCGUGACAUCCGUGGGCUGGUCAGAACGGGGGAACUUGGUGGCUGUUGGCACUCACAAGGGCUUUGUACAGAUCUGGGAUGCAGCUGCAGGAAAGAAGCUCUCCAUGCUGGAGGGGCACACAGCCAGAGUCGGUGCCCUGGCAUGGAAUGCAGACCAGCUCUCCUCAGGGAGCCGGGACAGGAUGAUCCUGCAGCGGGACAUCCGCACCCCGCCCCUGCAGUCCGAGCGCCGGCUCCAGGGACACAGGCAGGAGGUCUGUGGGCUCAAAUGGUCCACGGAUCACCAGCUCCUGGCCUCUGGAGGGAAUGAUAAUAAGGCGAUGUCCCCUGACGGGGAGGCCAUUGUCACAGGAGCCGGGGACGAGACCUUGCGCUUCUGGAACGUCUUCAGUAAAACUCGCUCCACAAAGGAGUCUGUGUCCGUGCUUAACCUCUUCACCAGGAUACGAUAAACCCUCUCCCUGCACCCCAGGAACCUACAGCCUGACAUUCCAGGAUCAGACCACUCCCUCGGCCUGCAUGGACCCCCGGAGCCCAGCCGAGGGGAGGGAGAGCUGAGGGACUGGAGGAGGACCCAGCUCAAUAAAUACGUGCUUGUGAUCCACGCUGGGCAGUACUGGGGAUGGGGUGGGGAGGGGAGGGAACUGCCAAAGGUUUGUGGAUUCAUCUUUCAUAAAGGGAAACGGGUACAAGAGAAAUGUUAACCCAGCAUCCUCCAGCCCUCCGGGUGGAACCAGGGAGGACUCGUGUGACAUGGACCACUGAGACCGGACUGAGGCCAUCCCCACGGCCGUGGUGUCCCUCCUGGGAGAGAGGAGCAUAUCCUUGCCGCUGUGGGAAGGGGUUUGACGUGCUGCUCUGGGUCCCUGUGUCCUUGGUGACAUCUCUGGAGGCAGGAGCCAGCCAGACUGGGCCGGUACCACUGGUGCAAGUGGACACGGCUCCAGCUGGGCAUCGAAGGGCUUUGUUCAUAGCCUGGCAUCCCCAUUCCAGGAAGAAACUGGAGAACUGCCUAUUUUCCUUUGUUUUUUUCUUUAUUUUUCCACCCAGACAGGUACUGUAGUACUUGACAUAAUCAUUCCCAUGAAACAGCUUGAUUUUUCUGGCGUGCUUGGCAGCUGCCUCUGAACAAACACGUUUUGGGGCUCUAAACUUUGGAGGAGACUUGGAAAAGCUUCACCUCCGAGGGAGCAGAUUCGGGAAGUUCUGCAGGUGCUCUUGCAUGUUCUGGGCUGAUCCUGUGAGUUACCAGAGAGGAGAAACAAGGACUGUAUAAAAAAAGAAACCCAAUCCCCCCGUGCAUGUGGAGCUUCCCCCAGUGCCUUGCUCCAGAGUCUCCCUGAGGCCAGAAGCAGUUGGGAUAUGUUUGAGAGCCAAAACAACUCCUGAGGAUCUGAUUGCUGGGGCGAGCAGGGCCUCUUCUGGCUGGAAGAGGGGUUCUAAAGCAGGGCUGCAUUGUUGCUUUUUGCUGUCUCCAAGUCCCAGCCAGGGCCCUGCUGUCAGAUUUUGGGGUGUGGUUUUUAGGUCAUGUGGGACGAGAGUUCGGCUGGUGUUGGAGCCCGUGGGGUGACACAAACGCUUGUGUGUGUGAGUGUUGCUUUUAAUUUAAGAGGAGCUGUGAGGCUGCACAGCCUGUCCUGUCUGACGUGUGUAUGUGCCUGCCCUGCCCGGGCCCUGCCUGCCUCCUGCCCUUUCCCAGCACUGCUUCCUGUUCCCGUGUGGAAUUCCCUGGCUGUGUAUAUAGACCUUGCCCUCUCUCUGCAGAUUACGUAGGUAAUGCUUUCCUCUCUUCUUUCUCUGUUGAUUUUCCUCCCCUCCCUUCUUUCCCUAAAACCAGGCAGUAGGAAUAUGAUUGCCUUUCCCCAGUACCAAAAGUAUCCUUAGGGUGAGCUGGUACAGCCUCUUCACCACAGCCUUGACCACACGUGCCAUCCAUCACACCAGUGCCUGGAUCAGGCUCUUGGUGCUGCCCCCGUGUUGCAGCUGCUGGAGGCACUGGUGAGGAGCUGGUGUGCUGGGAGCCCCCCACACAGCCUGGCAGCUCUGUCUCCCAGGCCCACAACCCACCUUGUCAUCUCAUAGUCUUAAUUGCCACCAGAAUGGAUUUUCCAUGGAAUCUCUGAAACACAGUUUGAACACAACUGCUUUAGUGUAGCUCUGGCUGUGGGAUUUGGGGCCUGGUGUGAAGUGACACACACACCCCCCGGUCUCUCUCGUGUUGCUUGUUCCUUUCACAGGCACUGUUCCACAUCACUGUGGGUUGGGAGCACCCAGGAGGUGUUAAAUUGAGUCAGAUCACUAAGUUGGGGAGUGGGUUUGAAGGAAAGGGUCACCUGCAGCAAGAGGUGUUCUGUCAUGGGUGUUAUCACCUGGGAGCGGGGCUGUGCACAGGGGGGCUGGGGGGCUGGUGGCUGUGCUGUGGAUUUUCCUGUCUCUUGUGCAUUGCCUCCUGCCAAAAUCCCACUGUGCAGACCCCUAGGACACACUGCUUUCUCCUCUGGGAAGGAGUAUUCGCUUGGGAUGGGGGCACACAGGAGGUCUCAGCCUGGUUUGUGCCUGUGCUGGAGCAGGAGAGAGUUGGGUCCCAGCUGGAGCACAGGGUGGGAGUGAUGCUGGUGGGGCUCCCCAGUGUGCCAGGGCUCCUGCAGGGAUGGGUUUGCCUCUCAGUCUGUGAUGUGGGAGCUUCCCCAAGGAGCCCCAGGAGUUGCUGGGGUGGGGGGCAGUGCCAGGUGGGCACUGCAGCCUCUGCCCAGUGCUCCCAGCUGCGCCCCAGGAUGCUGCAGAGCAGGGACAUCCCCUUGUCGCUGUCCCCCACCACUGUCCUCUCUGGCCAGGGUCUUUCCCAAACUAUGUCUUGCUUCCAUGUCCCACUUUUCUCUGCCUUGGGAGCAGGAUGGCUCGUGGUGGCUUCUCUCAUUGCACUUGGCAGUGAGGGCUGGCGAUUCCCAGGCCAGGGCUGUUCUGUGGCCACACGUGUUGCCCUCGUAGCACAGCAGGAACAGGCUGCUCACCCUGCCCUGGCUGCCAGAGCCCAGCACAGCCACCUUCCCUCCCCUGCUCCCAGCUGCCGAGGCAGGAUGGAGCUCCCAGUCAUGUCCGUGUGGGUGUGUGCGUGUGUGUGUGCGUGCAGGUGGCACUGUGACACUGUCACUGGCUGAGGCUUCAGCAGGGAAAAGGGCAGAGCUGAGGUGGUGUGCUGGGGUGUGACCUGUGAGCGCUGACCCGGACACAGGAUCCUCCUGUGCUGGUGACAGAGUCUGCGGCCUCGUGGCGUCGUCGUAUCCCAGGUGUCAUAUGGUGGAAAAAAACAUGGAGUGUGCUGUAACUUUUCCAUGUAAAGCAAUCAAACUGGCAUUAAAGAGGUUGUGAAUUUAUUGGGA